ACAUAAUUUCUCUCGCUUUCUCCUGGGCUCUGUUCUUAUGAUGUGGACCCUCCGACGAGCUUCUCUUUGUCUCAGGAGCCAAAGGCUUAAUGCGGGAGCUACCCGUGCUCCUUGUGUCAAUUUAGUGCCUACCACUUGUCUUGAAAACGAGCGUGGUAUACACCAGUAUCUUGACAUCUCAUACGGUAGGUUUCUGUUAGCUGAUGUGUUUUGCUCCACGGACAUUGCUUCCCUGAAUUUUGCUGUAGACUGGCGCGGGAUUUCCUCGCAAGCCGGAGCUAGCAGUACGAAAGAGGAUGAUGGUGAGCUGGAGGGUGGGAGUAAUGAUGAAUCUGACGCAGACUUUUCUAAUGGGGAUGAGGAGAGUGAAAAACUACAUGAUGAGCUGGAGUUAUCUGAUGAUGAGACUGGUCCAACCAAGAAACAAUCACCAGGUAGACAGACUCAAUCGGAACUAUUCAAGGAAAUUGUAAAAGCUCAUGGUUUGUCAAUUGAUUCUGCUAUCGAUAAGUGGGUCCAACAAGGGAAAGAACUAGGUCGGGAGGAGAUCAUGUUGGCCGUGCGCAAUCUUCGGAAGGGUAAAAUGUAUGGGAGGGCUCUCCAGCUCUUUCAGUGGUUAGAGUCAAACAAGAAGCUUGAAUUUGGUGAAAGAGAUUAUGUUUCUAAACUCGAUUUGAUUGCCAAGUUACAUGGCCUCCAAAAGGCAGAGAAAUACAUUGAGAGUGUUCCAGAAUCUUUUAGAGGUGAGCUAUUAUACCGAACGCUGCUGGCUAACUGUGCUGGUCGGAGCAAUAUAAUGGCAACUGAGAGAAUAUUCAACAAAAUGAAGGACUUGAAUUUUCCACUUACAUCAUUUACUUGUAACCAGUUGCUGCUUUUGUACAAGAAUUUGAACAAGCAGAAAAUGGCUGAUGUGUUACUACUGAUGGAAAAAGAGAAUGUCAAACCUUGUAUCUUUACUUACAGAAUCUUAUUAGACGUGAAGGGCCAGUCUAAUGAUAUUGCUGGAAUGGAGCAAGUAUUGGAGACAAUGAAGGUGGAAGGGAUUGAGCCAGACAUCCAAAUUCAGGAACUCUUGGCUAAACAUUACACCAAAGCUGGGCUCAAUGAAAAGGCUGAAACUGUACUGAAGGAGAUAGAAGGUGAAAACUUGAAAGAGAAUCGGUGGCUAUGUGCAACAUUAAUUCGUCUUUAUGCAAACCUGGGAAAGGCCGAUGAAGUGGAGAGAAUUUGGAAGGUUUGUGAAUCAAAGGCUGGGAUUGAUGACUGCCUUGCUGCAGUUGAAGCUUGGGGAAAGUUAAAGAAAAUUGAAGAAGCUGAAUCAAUUUUUGAUAGGGCGUCAAAGAAAUGGAAACUUAAUUCCAAGAAAUACUCAGUUCUUCUGAUGAUUUAUGCAAAUAAUAAUAUGCUAAAGAAGGGUAAGGAUCUUGUUAAGCGAAUGGCAGAUAGCGGGACCAAUAUAGGCCCUUUGACCUGGAAUGCACUUGUGAAACUGUAUAUCGAAGCAGGUGAAGUUGAAAAGGCAGACUCUAUUUUGCAGAAGGCAAUCCAACGGUAUAAUAUGCGACCAAUGUUUAGCACCUAUAUGACUAUUUUAUGGCAGUAUUCAAGAAGGGGCGACGUCCAUAACUCGGAGAAGAUUUUUCAUGCAAUGAGAAGUUCUGGAUAUACAUCUCGAAUAAGUCAGUUAGAAGCUCUGAUACAGGCAUAUAGAAACGCCAAGGUUCCAGCUUAUGGUAUUAGAGAGAGGAUGAAAACUGAUAACAUAUUUCCCAACAAAUCAGUGGCUAACCGGUUGGUUGAAGUUGAAGCAUUUAAGAAAAAGGCACUUUCCGAUUUACUUGAUUGAGAAAAUUGGUAUAUUCGGUAUUAUGUGACAGUUGUUUCAACUCUUUCAAUGCAACUAUUAUAUUGUUAGUUAGUAAAAUUGCAGAUUGCACAAUCUAAGUUUGGAUGUUUAGUCUUGUACUGCUAUUUACAUGUUAGCAGUUUUGUAUUUAAGCAUAUAUAUUAAUGUUUAGGUCCUGGUUUUAGGAUUCUGUAA